GCUACCAUCUGAUCGGAGAUUGGAAAAUGUCGAUACAUUUUGACAGAUGCAGACAAAAUGUGACGGGAGUCAUUUAAGCAAUAACUAAGCAUGUCGAGCUGGGGACGAGAUCGCACUCAGGAUAUCGAUACGGUGGAGAGGGCACCGCAUGUCCUCGUUGUAGACACCCGUGGUUGAAUGGGUCAGAAAUGUAAUUUUGGAGGAUGGGGAACGACAGAGGAAUAUGGACUUUUCUAAUUCUUAUCACCUUAUUUGUUGUGAUCCGCUGCUCGUGGCCGACAACCUCGUGGCCCCUGUCUUCAUGCAAGGGUAAACGUACUAUUUACACAGCCCUUAAUGGCACGGUGGCGAGCGGGGUCGGGGCCGAGGGGACGUACACCAAUUUUUCCCGAUGCGAGUGGCUCAUUGAUGCAGGAGGUACCAACAAGUCUAUCCUGUUGGAGUUCAGAAAGAUGGAUACAGAGUGUUCCUAUGACUUCCUGUUCAUUUUUGAUGGCCAGUCUUACAACAGUAAACUGCUAGCCAGUGUGAGUGGCAACACCCCUCCAGAACCUAUAGUGGCACGGACCGGCUUUAUGCUGAUCUAUCUGUUCACGGAUAGGAACUACAACCUGGAAGGUUUCCGUGCCGACUACAAGGUGCAGGACUGUGCCUUCAACUGUCAUGGCCGUGGAGCAUGUGUAAACAAUAAGUGUAUAUGUAACAGUUACUACACUGGUGUUGACUGUGAGCUCCGUAUCUGUCCAAAUUCUUGUGGGUUUGGUGACUGUAAGACAAUCAACGGGGAGAAGAUCUGUAAGUGUAAUGGCGGGGUGAUGGGGGAGGGAUGUGAUUUACCAAUUCACGGACGUAAUGGAACAGGCAUGUGGUAUAGACUGGCUCCCUCCACGGAGAGUUUCAUCCCACGGACAUCACACGCUGGUGUGUUUGUACGGGAGGAAGAGUGUCUAUAUAUAUAUGGGGGUUAUACAUUAAACCAAGUCCUGGGGGAUUUAGUAAGAUUCUGUGUACGAAAUAGUCAGUGGGAGAAAGUGGAACGUAAUAAUCAGACUGAUUUUUGGCCGACAGCUCGUAAGGAGCACAGAAUGGUGAAAUAUGGUGAUGGGUUCUAUGUGUUUGGUGGUAUGCAUUCAGAUGGAUCUCAUUGUAAUGAGUUACUGUUUUACAAUCUAACAUCACAGACAUGGACGCAGAAGGCUGUUAACAGUUCAAUACAACCUCAUAAACUCACCGGACACUCUCUAACCUUAGUCAACAACUGGCUGUAUGUAAUAGGUGGGAAAAUGGAGCACGGUUUAUUCUCCUCGUCUAUUUAUAGAUAUGAUAUAAAUGAUACUGAGGAUUCAUGGGAAAAAGUGUACUUAAAAGGAGGGCGUCCAGUACAACAGCUACUUGUUGGGCACACGGCUGUUUAUCAUAAAGAGUCCCGCUCGAUCAUUGUCUUUGGUGGAUAUUCUGCCUUGCAGGCACGAUUUGCAAAACUUUCCAGUCGCCUGUUCAUGUUCAAUGUAGAGACACUUUACUGGGGAGAGGUGGAGUAUCCAGAGAAACAGCGUGUAUAUUCUUCCUCAAAUAUCCAGCGGGCUUAUCAUUCUGCCUCCAUCAUGGGCAACUACAUGGUUAUUUAUGGAGGGAACGUUCACGUGCACAACUCCAUAGAGACUUGUUAUGAUCACAAGAUCCACCUGUACCAUCUUGGCUGUCACCAGUGGAUCAAACACCCAGGCGUACACUCUCACUCAGCGGCCUCCAAUGGCGAGCCGAAGAAGGGACGGUUCGGUCAUGUGGCAGUACCAGCCUACAACAACAUUCUUCUAAUAAUUGGUGGCUACAGUGGCUAUGUUCGUGGGGACCUUGUGGCCUACAAGUUCCAGGGUGUAGUGUCACCACCAGAGAAUGAAGAAGACAAGGACCUGGACCAUUGUGAGAACUAUGCCGACCCCCAACAUGAGCGCUGUCCGCAGGACCCGGAGUGUGCUUUCUGUACAGAAAAACGUGACACGCGCAUGCCUGGCUGUGUCCAUCGUACCAGGCUAGACAAAUGUGCCGAUUCCAGGCAUGUCAGGAUGUACAACUGUUCAGGCCUGUGUAACGCGCUCCACACAUGCCAAUCCUGUCUAACCCAUGGACAUGUGGUUACGCUCACAAAGAAGUCACCCAAACACCGUUUCUACCAGCAUGAGUGUGUGUGGUGUGUCCGCAACUCAACAUGUUCACGAAAGUCAGCAAACGCCUGCUCUAGGUCAGCGAGUUCCUCCAUCUCUGGUAUUACUGGCUGGUGGAAUGGCUCCAAUACAAAGUGGGACCAUGUUGACCAAUGUUCACUUGAUGAAAUUCCGGCCGGUAUACAGAAGAUUACUUAUUACAACCCUGCAAACACAGAACAACCGGAUGAGGUGAAGAUCCUACAUUCCACGGCUGACCAGUUAGAUUAUGAGCUUUACAAGGGUAAGACGGAUGGCCACCUACAAAUGACACUGAAAGGCUACAUCCAUCCCCUAGAAGCCACACCUAUAUAUGGCACGGACAAGCUGCGCAUGUUCCUCAUGGCCUCCAGUUUCCCGACUGUUCUCCGCCUCAGUAAUGACAGCACAAUGGAAAAACUGGAGGUUGUUGCCACGAUUAACAAGACAAGUACUGCUGGGUCUCGCAGUGUUGAGUCCAUCAGGAAUGCUAGCAGGCCACUUUUUCCCAAUACAGCACGAGGCUACAAGUACCUUUUCACCAUCAGAGGUACUAGUGAUAUGAAUGAGAAACAGAACGCAACUGUGAUGUUGGAAUGGAACAUAGCUAGCAUUGAGUUUGUCAGGGGUAAACAGGUGCGGCCGUUCACUUUGGAAUUCCUGGAGCAAUAUCACUCACCUCACUGUAGUCGCCACCAUAACUGUCUUGCCUGUAUGUCCAAUGCUGAAUGUGGCUGGUGCCCCUACACGGACACUUGCGACCACAAGGGCAGUAACUCUAGUCUGUCUUCCUGCGUGGGCCCUGAUCUGCAAGCUUACCUUAUCACCCAGCCUAUGGACUGUGUACAGUGCUCCGACUACGUUGACUGUCACAGCUGUGCGUCAGAAGAACUUUGUGAAUGGGUCACUAAAGAUGUCCGAUGUACUAGGAGGUGGAGUGUCCAUAACAUGAUCAAGGACCCUGCCAACUGUCCUGUUGAAUGUCACAAACGUAUGUCGUGCAGCUCGUGUAUAUUACCCAACAGUGAAUGUUUCUGGUGUGAGAACACAGGGACAUGCCUACCAUUCGCCCAUUACAUAUCCCGGUUUGUGAAUGGUCAGUGUCGUGAGUGGAUGGACAGUGAAGGGAUUGAGUCAUACAGCUGUAAGAACUGCUCCUCCCAUACGGUUUGUGAGAGCUGUCUGGACAUGUACGGCUGUGGCUGGUGUAGUGACCCUGAUAAUCCUUCCAUAGGGCGCUGUGUCGAUGGAGACUUUGCAGGACCGUAUCAUGGACAGAACUGUACAGCCAUUAUACACAGCAUACAGAACAGGACGGAGGUGCUGCCGGCUGAUUGGUCAUAUCAACGUUGCCCCGAUGUUAAUGAGUGUAUCCUGGGUUUCCAUAACUGUCAUGACAACGCUACUUGUGAAAACGUUCACGGCAGCUACUUAUGUCAUUGUAACCGUGGCUUCAAAGGAGAUGGUCAACACUGCCUGAAAACGUGCCACUAUACAUGUGUACAUGGGAAUUGUUCUGAAGCACCGGACUAUGAGUGUCGUUGUAAGCUUGGCUUCACUGGACCUGACUGUAACACCAGCUGCCGGUGUAACCAUCGCAGUACCUGUAGUAAAGGUGUGGGUCUGUGUGACAAGUGUCAACAUAACACGACUGGACUACACUGUGAGAAGUGUGUGCCUGGCUUCCAUGGAGACCCUGCUAAUCUAAUGGGCUGUGAGCCAUGUCAGUGUAAUGGACAUGGUGAUGAGGAGUUGGGCCUAUGUUCUCCCACUGGUCAAUGUUACUGUGUAGACCACACCACUGGGGACCACUGUGAUGUCUGUGAGGAAGGUCACUAUGGCAACCCAAUUAACGGUGGUCGAUGUUACCGAUCCUGUGACAAUCCGACAGUCCUUAACAGUACCAGCGGCUACAUUGGGUCGUACCGGGGAACAGGCGUGAAGGAUUGGCAUGCUUACUGUAUCUGGAUUAUAGCCCCUCUCAGUGGGGACAAGCUGGAGCCUGUCCGAGGGGAUUCCCAGUACGACAUGCCUGCAAUCAACAUCACCAUUGAGGACAUUGACACUGACUGUGGAUGGGAUUAUGUGUAUGUGUAUGAUGGCAUCCCAGACUUCAUUGAUGGUGAUAAGGAUGCUUGGGGGACACUACUUGGUGUGUUCUGUGGGAAGAAGGCUGGAUACUCGGUUCUGGCAAAGUCACGCAUUGUCACCAUCUACUUUGAAACUGACAUUUCCAAACACAAUCGUAUACCUGGAUUCAAUGCUAGCUACCACAUGAACAAAUGUCCCACUGUGUGUCCUACCAAUAAAGUGUGUGAGGGCGAUCGCUGUGUCUGUGAAACUGGCCACGAUGGUCCUGACUGUGACAACUAUAUAUGUACAGAUAAUUGUACCUUUAUCCAGGAUAAAUACUCAUGUAGGUGCCAGGCUAACUUCCAGGGAGGCGCUAACUACACCAUAGAGUUGUUACCUUGGUUCUACCAGGACGUGCCACGCCUCAGGGGCCUGUUUGGUCAGUGGAAUAGGUACGGCCACACCCUGACAGCCUGUGGAGAUGGGCUUAUCUACAUGUUUGGUGGCUACUCUCUAGAGAAGGGAUUACUCAACGACCUCUGGUUGUUCAAUAUCAGCAGAAACAAGUGGAGUCAAAUCAUGCCCAUUACCAUUGAUGAGCCAGAGAGAAGAUAUUACCAUGCUGCAGCCUGUGUGCCUAUAAAGAGACAGCUAUUUAUCUACGGCGGAUUCAUCAAGGACCGGGCUGGUAACCAGAAAUAUAAGGCCUCUAACGAGCUCUGGAGCUACAAUAUUGGAGGGCGCAAGUGGACACGCAUGUCGGUGCCGGCCCAUGUAAAGCCUGUGGCUGGACACACUAUGACAAGGAUAGAGGAAACUCAGCUACUCAUAAUUGGAGGAUUCUCCACAGAAAACUACUUCUCCAACAAGAUAUACAAGUUUGAUACCAAUGUAGAACAUGGAAAAGCAUGGUCUGAGUAUGGCCGGGACAGUUUGGAUGGAGCUGUCCCUUUAGGUCUGUAUGGACAUUCAGCAGUCUAUCACGAACAGACAAAUGCGAUCUAUGUUUAUGGUGGGAUGCUGUUUCACAUUGAUAAAUUCUCAGUGUCCAACCAGCUGUAUGUGUUAAAUCUGGAGGAAGACAAGAAAGACUGGAAUGUCCUUCAGGCUGAGGAGGGUAGUGAGAAGGAUGCCCGCUUCCUGCACACUGCUGUUGACAUGGGUGAUUACAUGGUGGUGAUGGGAGGACGUACAGACAGCUCUACCUUCUCUAACAGUAUCCUCAUCUAUAGAUACCAGUGUAACUACUGGCACAAGUUUGAUUUAGGAGAUGUGGCCUUCAGUAGACCUCUUCAUUCUGUUGUUGCACCAAGCUCAGCAGUGGUCAACAACAGUAUAUAUGUGAUGGGAGGGCUUGACCACUUUGUCCACAGUGAGGUCAUCAAGCUUGACCUGCCCAGUGAUGUGUGUAGCCUGAUUGGAGACCUUAACCGUUGUGUUAACUCCUCCGGCUGCUCCGCCUGUAUCAUGUCGACACCGGGGGCCCAGAACAGGACUUACUGUUACUCCAACAGUCACCUAGGGCCAGCAUUCUGUGAGGCACCCCAUGUGACGGUGAUUACGGGCGAACAGUGCAGUCUGCAGUGGCACCUAGAACGCUCCUGCUUCCAGUAUAAGUCCUGCUCCGAGUGCCUGGCUACCUUUCCUCACUUCAAACAGAACUCCAAGGCUUGUAAAUGGUGUACCAACUGUCCCCGGGGUAAAUGCAUUCCUUAUGGCAGUGAAUGUAAGUUAGAAAACGAGUGUGACACAAGCAUGCUGAACCAAGUGAAGCUACAGGCUGGACAGUGUGAAGAGUUUUCCUGCACUGCUUCAGACUGUGAAAAGUGCCAAGCUCACAGCUGUGUCUGGUCCAAUGGGCUCAAGCGGAAAGCUGAGAUGACGCUGCUCCUGGCAGGAAAUAAUCCGUUUGAGUGGGGUUGUUUCCUGUCGCGGUACUCCACAUCAAAUUCCCUGGUAAUGUGUCCUGCUCGGUGCCACACCUACCAAACCUGUACUUCCUGCCUCAAGUCGAUCGGUAGUGAAGGUGGAUCGAAGGAAUGUAUCUGGAGUGAGAUGCUGCAAGAGUGUAUGCCACCUGCCUACCACCAUCUUCACUGUGCCGGGGGAGAAUGUGGCCUCAUCAUUCAGGCCACACGUACUAAAUGUCCACGACCAUGUAUGGAAUAUAGGUUGUGCUCGGACUGCCUUCAGGCCCCAGGAUGUGGCUGGUGCGCAUACCUAGGGCUCAAUGGGAUUGGAGUCUGCAUGAAGGGAGGUGUAAACAGCCCCAUUGGGGGUCGAUGUGAUGAAGAUAAGGUGGAGCCGUAUGAGGGAGAACUACCAGUUGAGGACAAACCAUUCCUUCGUCUCUCUAUGGGACCACCACAGUGGGUGUUCACCAAUUGCCUCACUGAGAAUGAGUGUUUUAAUAACCAUCACAAUUGUGACAAGGAACGACAGCGGUGUAUAGACAAACCAAAGGGUUUCACGUGCGAGUGUAAGAAGGGCUACCUCUGGAAGGAAAGUAAGGGGAUCUGUGAGCCAGUUUGCCAUGAGGGCUGCGUUCAUGGCGUGUGUGAUGCCCCUGACCACUGUACAUGUGACUUUGGAUGGGUAGGCGAUGACUGCAGUACCAAGUGUAUGUGUAAUGGCUACAGUAAGUGUCGCAGUGCUCUGGAGAAGGACAACUGUCUCGCCUGUGUCAACAACACACUGGGCCCUCACUGUAAGUAUUGUGAGCAGCUGUAUGUGGGCUCACCAGAGGACAAGAAGCCAUGUGUUCCUUGUAUGGAACACUGCCACAACCAUACACCUAACUGUACAUUCAGGGGAGGGUUCAACAACCACUCAUAUCCUCCGUACUUCUGGGACAGCACAUACCCUAACAACUUUGGAUCACGUGGGCCGAAGGAGGACGAGGCAUUGUGUCUCAACUGUAUGGACAAUACGGAGGGGCGACGCUGUGAGAAGUGUCUAGACGGCUUCUUCAGGGUGGAGAAAGAGGGCAAAACGGCCUUUGAUAAGUGUAUAAAGUGCCAAUGCCACGGCCACAGUGACAUGUGUGACAGCAAGUCUGGCCUGAACUGUCGCUGUGCCAAUAACACCGAAAGUCCGUGCCAGAGUCAGAAAAUUGACAAGGAAUCAAUAGAGAAGUGUUGGCAGAAACAGUGUUCAGCCUGUAAGGAAUAUUUCCUUGGGACUCCCACAAACGGCCACCACUGUUACCGCCAGAUGACGGUCGACCGGGAUUACUGCUUGGAUCCAGACACACAAAAGAACUGUAACCAAAAUCCUGGGCCCCUUUUAAUGGGACGCACCGUCUUCUUUGCCGUCCAACCACGCUACCUCAAUGUGGACAUCCGAGUUACGAUAGAUAUCACCAAAGGAGGAGUGGACAUCUACUUUUCAUCAAGUGACCAGACCUUUAUUGUGGACGUGAGCAAGGUUAAUGGUUCUCACAGUAUCAGACUCGACCCCGCUCUGGACAGGAUAUUCCCCCACUCUCACGCACUUCAUCACGGUGGGCGUCACAAACGCAGUGUGCAGAACAGUUCCUCUCACAAGUGGCAUGACCUGAUCGAACUUAAGGCUAAUGACUUCCACACGUACCAUACGGUGAAGAUGACCCAUACGAUCCUCAUCAUCCAAAACGUUCAGUCCCGGGUGGUCAUUACACUGCCACUCGAGUUGGGACUCAAGACCUCCAAGUUUUACGUUGUUAUGCACGGACGUGGAGGUCCAACAUCCAACGAGACGUACGGAAAUCUUUACUUUCGACAAGAUCAGACACAUAUAGAUCUGUUUGUGUUUUUCUCCGUAUUUUUCUCCAGUUUUUUCCUAUUUCUUGCCAUGUGUGUGUUGCUUUGGAAACUGAAGCAGGCUGUCGAUGCUCAGAGAAGCAGACGUGAGCGUGCAAAAGAGAUGAUGCAUAUGGCGUCACGUCCUUUUGCUCGUGUUCUUAUUCUUAUUGAACCUGAACCUAUGCCUUUUGUGUCAACGCCGUUACCAAGGCGAACAAAAUAUAUGAAGUUAUCUAAUCGUAACACUACAGGGAUGGCCCUCACUCCUGUAGAGACUCUACAACUUCCAUUUCAGCCCAUGGCGAAGGAGGAGCAUCCAUUUGAUGUUGUGGCCAUGGCCAUCGAGCCAACAGAUGAUGGGAUAUCGGCCGUCAGGACAGCAAUGUUCCAGAUGCCCGGCGGUCCAACAGUUCCCACAAAACUGUGUUUAGGUUCUACCUUGACUUUAAGUGUUCGAGCUGCCAUGAUGGGCAUGAAAGUGACAUCGCGGCGACGGCCAAGCUCUACUUUAUGUUGAUACAGAUGUAUAUUGUGACAUGACUAAGUCAUUGAUAUUGAAGCUAGUGAAUUAAUCAUGUGUUUGAAUUUUAAAUUCACAUUAAAACACUUAAUAUAUAUAUUGCCAACUUUGAGAAUCUGAAUGAAAUAGUGACUGUGUUGUUAUUGUGAUAUGAUACCCUAUACAAGUUUUCACACCAAAACAUUGGUGUAAUAAUAAGCCAGUUGUACAUUUUUUUUUUUUUGUGAUAUUUACAUACAAUUUUUUACUUCUUAACUAUAGCUAUGUAAAAAAUAGUGUUUUUGAACUGAAAAAUAAUGUAUUCUUAUUGAAAGAGAAAUUACUUACCAGAUUUGUGGUAGACUCACAAUGCUUUAAUGUCUAUAUUGAAUAUUAGUGUAUUCACUAGUCUAAGAUCUGACGUUGUAUGGUAAUUUAAUGAACCUCAAAGGAUACUGGCGUAUCGCCUAGAUCUAAGGGGCUGUAGUAACUUUAAUGUACCUCUAUGGGUACUAUGGGUACUGGCGUAAUGCCUAGAUCUAGGGCUAUACAGUAAUGUUUAUGUACCGAUCAGUGUAUUCCCUAAAGCUGUACCUAUCUUAGUACUGGCAUAUGGCCUUGAUCUAGGGUUGUACAGUAAUGUAUGUACUGAUCUGAGUACUGGUGUAUGGCCUAGAUCUAGAGCUGUACAGUAACGUUUAUGUACCUAUCUGAGUACUGGCGUAUGGCCUUGAUCAAGGGCUGUACAGUAAUGUUUAUGUACCGAUCAGUGUAUUCCCUAAAGCUGUACCUAUCUGAGUACUGGCGUAUGGCCUUGAUCAAGGGCUGUACAGUAAUGUUUAUGUACCGAUCAGUGUAUUCCCUAAAGCUGUACCUAUCUGAGUACUGGCGUAUGGCCUUGAUCAAAGGCUGUACAGUAAUUAAUGUACCUAUUGGAGUACUGGCGUAUGGCCUUGAUCUAGGGUUGUACAGAAAUGUAUGUACCUAUCUGAGUACUGGUGUAUGGCCUAGAUCUAGGGUUGUACAGUAAUGUUUAUGUACCAAUCUGAGUACUGGCGUAUGGCCUUGAUCAAGGGCUGUACAGUAAUUUAUGUACCUAUCUGAGUACUGGUGUAUGGCCUAGAUCUAGGGUUGUACAGAAAUGUAUGUACCUAUCUGAGUACUGGCGUAUGGCCUUGAUCAAGGCCUGUACAGUAAUUUAUGUACCUAUCUGAGUACUGGCGUAUGGCCUUGAUCUAGGGCUGUACAGUAACGUUUAUUUACCGAUCUGAGUACUGGCGUAUGGCCCAGAUCUAGGACUGUACAGUAAUUUAUGUACCUAUCCGAGUACUGGUGUAUGGCCUAGAUCUAGGGCUGUACAGUAAUUUAUGUACCAAUCUGAGUACUGGCGUAUGGCCCAGAUCUAGGGCUGUACAGUAAUUUAUGUACCUAUCUGAGUACUGGUGUAUGGCCUAGAUCUAGGGUUGUAUAGUAAUGUAUGUACCUAUCUGAGUACUGGCGUAUGGCCCAGAUCUAGGGUUGUACAGUAAUGUAUGUACCUAUCUGAGUACUGGCGUAUGGCCUUGAUCUAGGGUUGUACAGUAAUGUUUAUGUACUGAUCUGUGUACUGGUGUAUGGCCCAGAUCUAGGGCUGUACAGUAAUUUAUGUACCUAUCUGAGUACUGGUGUAUGGCCUUGAUCUAGGGCUGUACAGUAAUGUAUGUACCGAUCAGUGUAUUCCCUAAAGCUGUACCUAUCUGAGUACUGGCGUAUGGCCUAGAUCUAGGGUUGUACAGUAAUGUUUAUGUACCAAUCUGAGUACUGGCGUAUGGCCUUGAUCAAGGGCUGUACAGUAAUUUAUGUACCGAUCUGAGUACUGGUGUAUGGUCUAGAUCUAGGGUUGUACAGAAAUGUAUGUACCUAUCUGAGUACUGGCGUAUGGCCUUGAUCAAGGCCUGUACAGUAAUUUAUGUACCUAUCUGAGUACUGGCGUAUGGCCUUGAUCUAGGGCUGUACAGUAACGUUUAUGUACCGAUCUGAGUACUGGCGUAUGGCCCAGAUCUAGGACUGUACAGUAAUUUAUGUACCUAUCCGAGUACUGGUGUAUGGCCUAGAUCUAGGGCUGUACAGUAAUGUUGAUGUACCUAUCUGAGUACUGGUGUAUGGCCUAGAUCUAGGGCUGUACAGUAAUGUUUAUGUACUGAUCUGAGUACUGGCGUAUGGCCUUGAUCUAGGGCUGUACAGUAAUGUAUGUACCUAUCUGAGUACUGGUGUAUGGCCUAGAUCUAGGGCUGUACAGUAAUGUUUAUGUACUGAUCUGUGUAUUCCCUAAAGCUGUAUGUAACUUACCUAGUAUGUUGAUCUUACGUGUUAUGUCUCAAUGCAAUCGUUUUAAUCUAUCAGAAGUGGAUUAUUAAAUAUCUCGCUUUAUAAAAGAUGGUUCUCUAUAUAUUUGCAAAUAUUAUUUUUGAAUAACUUGUUGUUUUCCCCUGAUGUUUUGUUAUCAAUACCAAGUAUUAGUUUUGAUUGUUAAUGUUUUUUACUGUGAAAGUUUUAGCAUUAUCAGCAGAAUUUCAUUUAUUAUGCGAGAUUGUUUUAUCAUGGAUUUUGUACUUACUGUUGAUGUUUGAUUCUUUCAGUGACCAUUUUAUCUUGUGUAACAGGAUAUAUGUGGAUUGUAUGUUUGUGUGGAUUGUGUGUACUUAUGUAUGUGGAUUGUGUGUUUGUGUGUGUGGAUUAUGUGUUUGUGUGUGUGAUAGCUAUAUGUAUGUGGAUUGUGUGUGAAUUGUAUGUGAAUGGUUUAAAUGUGUGGAUUGUAUACAAUCAUGAACAUGUAUGUGGAUUUCACAUGUGGAGAAUUAAAGUCUGGUGAGAUUUGUGUGAGAAUUGAAAUCUGGUGAGAUGUGUGAGAAUCAUUGUCUGGUGAGAUUUGUGUGAAAAUUAAAGUCUGGUGAAAUUUGUGUGAGAAUUAAAGUCUAGAAUUAAAGAUUACAUUAGGGUACAUUGUCCAUAUUUGCUUUAAAUCACUUUAGUCCUAAACAAGUGAAUGGAUCAUUUGGCACAGAAUAUCCAAUCCUCUGUUGUAUAAAUGGAGAGUGCUCCUCUGAGGUUAGAGGGUUGGGGCCCAAUAGGAGAAAUAGAGAUAAAUCCUUUAAAUCUCUACUCGUCUUAAACGGCUGAAUGGAUUUUGAUAAUUUUGUCUCAAGUAUUAUAGGGCAAAGGCGAUCAAAUGUUCCAUAAAUGAAGGAUGUGAAUCCUCUGAGGAUGGAGUGGGGGACCAGAAAGGGAAAUAUAGCUAAUUCUUAAAAAAAAAAAUCCUCAUUAGGAAUGACAGGAUUUGAAAGUGCAGAAUUAUUUUGCACCAAGUAGGAAAAUGUUUGUAAUAUAAUUUUAAGAGAUGGAUACUUGUGUACAUGGUGGUUACCUGUGUACAUGGUGGAUACUUGUGUGUGUGAUGAAUACUUGUGUGUGUGAUGAAUACUUGUGUGUGUGAUGAAUACUUGUGUAUGUGAUGAAUACUUGUGUGUGUGUGAUGGAUAUUUGUGUAUGUGGUGGAUACUUGUGUACAUGGAGGAUACUUGUGUACAUGGUGGAUACUUGUGUUCAUGUUGGAUACUUGUGUAUGUGGUGGAUACUUUUGUAUGUGGUGGAUACUUGUGUACAUGGUGGAUACUUGUGUACAUGGUGGAUACUUGUGUACGUGGUGGAUACUUGUGUACGUGGUGGAUACUUGUGUACGUGGUGGAUACUUGUGUACAUGGUGGAUACUUGUGUACAUGGAGGAUACUUGUGUAUGUGGUGGAUACUUGUGUACGUGGUGGAUACUUGUGUGUGUGUGAUGGAUAUUUGUGUAUGUGGUGGAUACUUGUGUACAUGGAGGAUACUUGUGUAUGUGGUGGAUACUUGUGUACAUGGAGGAUACUUGUGUUCAUGGUUGAUACUUGUGUACAUGAUGGAUACUUGUGUACAUGGUGGAUACUUGUGUACAUGGUGGAUACAUGUGUACAUGGUGGAUACUUGUGUACGUGGUGGAUACUUGUGUAUGUGGUGGAUACUUGUGUACAUGUUGGAUACUUGUGUAUGUGGUGGAUACUUGUGUAUGUGGUGGAUACUUGUGUACGUGGUGGAUACUUGUGUACAUGGUGGAUACUUGUGUACAUGAUGGAUACUUGUGUACAUGAUGGAUACUGGUGUACAUGUUGGAUACUUGUGUACAUGGUGGAUACUUGUGUACGUGGUGGAUACUUGUGUACAUGGUGGAUAUUUGUGUACAUGGUGGAUACUUGUGUACAUGUUGGAUACUUGUGUACGUGGUGGAUACUUGUGUACAUGGUGGAUACUUGUGUACGUGGUGGAUACUUGUGUACAUGGUGGAUACUUGUGUAUGUGGUGGAUACUUGUGUAUGUGGUGGAUACUUGUGUAUGUGGUGGAUACUUGUGUACGUGGUGGAUACUUGUGUACGUGGUGGAUACUUGUGUACAUGGUGGAUACUUGUGUACAUGGUGGAUACUUGUGUACAUGGUGGUAUACAAUGUUCUUGUGCCAGUCUAUAAUUUAAAAUUACCUUAAGUAGAAUUAUCCUCAUUUAUUACGACUAUAGAACUUUUCACAAUAACUGUCUCUGUAUUCAAAAUCUGUUGAUGUUGAAUAGAUAUAGUUAUGUUUUCUGUCUGUGGUUAAGUAAUGUUUUUACCCUUGGUCACUUUACUUAAUUUUAGUACUUAUUGAUACCUCUGCAAUAUACUGUAAGAGAACGCCAUUGUAAGGUCAUCUGAUCCAAAAGGUCUGGAUGACCUACUCCCAUCAUGCUUCAUCUGUCGUCGUCCCCUGACAGCUGUCCAUUGUGCGCCAUCUGUAAACUUUCCACAUUUCAAACUUCUUCUCAAAUUCCACCAGUGGGAUUCAGUGUUCUUAUUCUUUGGGGCUGUCAAAUCGAAGAUGAUUGCAAUAUUGAAAACCAAAUUUUGAACUUCUUCAGUUCCGCUGGUGUCAUUGAGCUUGAAAUAGGUGAGGAUGUGAAGGAAAGGAACCUUACAAAGUGUUUUUUUGGCCUUCUAACACAGUCACAGCAGCCAUUUUAUAACAUAAUUGCACAAUCAUCACUUUCCUGAAUGUCUAUAUCAACAUUUUUCUCAAGUUAAAUCAGUGAGAUUCAGCUCUAACUUUCCUGAAGUGAUUCUGAGAUGGUCCAGAUCAAGUAUUGUUAUUGUUGGGUCAGGCCGAAGUCCAAGAUAGCUGCCAUAGCCACCAUUUUGAAAAACACAAUUUAAACUUCUACUUAAGUUCCACCAGUGGGAUUUGUUUUAAAUUUGUCUAAAAUGAUCCUGAGAUGGUUCUGACCAAAUGUUGCUAAUUUACAUGUUGGUCAGAAAUCUAAGAUGGUCGCCAUGACCAACAUUUGUUGUAUCAAUACACAUAUACUUGCUACUGAGUAUAUAUACUACAAAAGUACUUACUAGGGACUUUAAAGUCAGAUGACCAUUAAAGCCAUGAGCCUCAUCUCUUAUUAAUAUUUCUUAAUUCAUCCUAACAAAUAUCUAAUGCUGAAAACAAAUUAUCAUUGUAGCCAAAUGUUCCUUGGUAUCUUAGGUGUUGUGGUAAUUUCUAAUUUAGAAAAAAAUCAUAUUCAACUCUUCUUCCAAAAGUUUUUGCUGUCAAUUUUUGAUGUUGAAGACUUGAGUACUUGUUUCUUCAAACUGUCAGAAAAUUGAAUAUUGGCUUUGUAGUGAAAAAUAUAUAGCAUGCCAGACUCUUAAGGUGAUGCAAAUCUUAUUUUGAUACAAAGAAGUAUAUAACAAUAAAUGUCAUUCCUAGGUAUCCAGCACAACACAUGCUAGGACUGAGAAUUAAAAGUUCUUGGAACAGGGCACACGGACACAUGUUAUACAGACUUAAGUGGGAGAAAGUGCGAAAGGGAGAAAAUAUAUUAUUACUUUGCUGUGAGUGAAAAUGUGAUUUGAUCAUUUCCCAUCAAUGCAUUAUGGGUUUUUUUAAUUUCCUGUAAAUGCUGUACUAUUUCAUCAUUUCCUGUUAAUGCUGUACUGUUUUAACAUUUCAUGUAAAUGCUGUACUGUUUCAUCAUUUCCUGUAAAUUCUGUACUGUUUUAUCAUUUCCUAUUAAUGCUGUAAUGUUUUAUCAUUUCCUGUAAAUGCUGUACUGUUAUAUCAUUUCCUGUAAAUGCUAUAAUUUUUCAUCAUUUCCUGUAAAUGCUGUACUGUUAUUUCAUUUCCUGUAAAUGCUGUAAUGUUUUAUCAUUUCCUGUAAAUUCUGUAAUGUUUUAUCAUCCUGUAAUGUUUUAUCAUUUCCUGUAAAUGCUGUACUGUUAUAUCAUUUCCUGUAAAUGCUGUACUGUUAUAUCAUUUCCUGUAAAUGCUGUAAUGUUUCAUCAUUUCCUGUAAAUUCUGUACUGUUUUAUCAUUUCCUAUUAAUGCUGUAGUGUUUUAUCAUCCUGUAAUGUUUUAUCAUUUCCUGUAAAUGCUAUAAUGUUUCAUUUCCUGUAAAUGCUGUACUGUUAUAUCAUUUCCUGUAAAUGCUGUAAUGUUUUAUCAUUUCCUGUAAAUGCUGUAAUGUUUCAUGUACCAAGCUCUAGUCAUUUGUAAUAUGAUCUGUAUGUUUUUGUAAGAAUUUUGUACGAAGUAAAAUUUAUCUGAAUAACA